AUGAAAUAUAAUAGACCCACUAACUAGUAGCUAUUAACUAUAUAGGUAGGUGUUUAGGCGGCGUAGAACUGCCGAGUCCGCACUCCCACAGCUCUCCAUUUUAUAACUCAAAAUACACGAAGAUGAUUCGAUAAUAAUUGUUUUCAUUCGUAUCGUGAGGCCGUGAGGGUCACGUUUAUUUGAUAAGCUUCAAAUUUCAAUAUCAUAGGUCCGUCUCAGACUUCAAACCAGCGUUUCACAAUGAAGUAUUACAAAAUCGAAAUUAACAAGACCGAAUGGGAAGUACCCGAUAGGUAUCAAAUGCUCACUCCCGUUGGUCUUGGUGCCUACGGCCAAGUUUGCUCAGCUGUUGACAAUCAGACGGGGCUGAAAGUUGCUAUCAAAAAACUUGCCAGACCAUUUCAGUCAGCGGUUCAUGCUAAACGUACCUAUCGAGAGCUUCGCAUGUUAAAACACAUGAACCAUGAAAAUGUGAUUGGAUUAUUAGACGUGUUCACACCUGCAAAUACUAUGAAUAAUUUUAAUCAAUUAUAUAUGGUCACCCAUUUAAUGGGAGCUGACUUAAAUAAUAUCAUACGUACACAAAAAUUAUCUGAUGAUCAUGUUCAAUUUCUUGUUUACCAAAUUUUACGAGGUUUGAAGUACAUCCAUUCUGCUGGAAUAAUCCAUAGAGAUUUAAAACCAUCAAAUAUUGGUGUAAAUGAAGAUUGUGAGCUAAAAAUAUUAGAUUUUGGAUUAGCAAGACCAACUGAAAGUGAAAUGACUGGAUAUGUGGCUACCAGAUGGUACAGAGCACCUGAGAUUAUGUUAAACUGGAUGCAUUACAAUCAGACAGUUGAUAUUUGGUCAGUAGGCUGCAUUAUGGCUGAACUUUUGACAGGAAGGACAUUAUUUCCUGGCACAGAUCAUGUGGAUCAAUUAACACGUUUAUUAGUUUUGAGUGGAACGCCGUCCGAUGAAUAUUUAAAUAAAAUUAAAAGCUCGGAGGCAAAAAAAUAUAUACAGUCUUUACCGGUAAUGCCGAAAAAAGAUUUUGGUGAAGUAUUCAAAGGAGCUAAUCCAUUAGCAAUUAAACUGUUAGAAGAAAUGUUGGAAUUGGACGCUGAUAAAAGAAUGACUGCUGAAAAAGCACUUGCACAUCCAUACCUGGCGCAAUAUGCUGAUCCAUCUGACGAACCAAAUUCACCUCCAUAUGAUCAAAGCUUUGAAGAUAUGGAAUUAAAUGUAGAAAAAUGGAAAGAACUUGUCUGGGAAGAAGUUGUAAGUUAUGUUCCAUCCACACAAUUAGAAUCACCAUAAGUUAGUUCAACACAAUUUCGAUGUCUUGUGUAAUUAUUUUUGCAGACUAUUGUAAGAAGAAUGCUCAGCUUCAUUAAAGUUUUAUUAAUGUUUAUAAUUACAUUUAUAGCUUAAUAUUUUGAUUAUCGUUACUGUUAAAUAAAUUCUUAUGAAUUUAAUUAAGAUAAUUUAGUAUGUAAUUAUUUACCAUUAAUUUUAUUUUAUAUAUAAAAUAUUUUCUAACAUAUUUUUUAACACAUAUUGUUUUAUUCUAUGCAAUAAUUAUAUUUUUGUUUUGUUUUUUAAAUAAUACAUGUUUUUUAUUUCACAUUAUUUUGUUAAAUAUAUUUAAGUACACUUUA